AUGAAGAAAGAUUACGACAGAUCGUCAAGCAUUGCAGAUAUUCUGAUUAAUGGAAUAGAACGUUUGCCGCGAGCUCAAGGAAAUCCUGAGGAGUUGCCACAACAGAAGUCACAACAAGGACAUUUCUCGGAUGAUCAAGCCGAAGAAGACCAAAUUAGCGAGGCCACCAGAAAGAGUUCUAACAUGAGACCAGCAUUGUUCAAAGAACGGAGCCAUCAUCUCUCUGUGGGGGAACGCAUCCUCCACAGCAGUGCUACAGGUUCGCAUCGCCAGAGAAACUUCGGACAGAUCAAAAUCAAAUCACAACCAAGAUAUGCAACUCGUCCCGGGAACACAACUACUGGCUCGAACCAGCCGAAAUAUGUACAAUCACAUUGUAUUGCUGAAAUUUCCAGGAUGUUCGACUCAGCCUCCGGAAGCUCGUUUCGAUCUAAACAAACGCGUAUGGAAUUUACCACUUGCAACAAUACCACGACGUCGAAUUCGAUAAAACGAUUUCAAGCGACGCCAAGAGCGGCUGGCAAGGCGUUUAGCGAACGGUCGCUGCUGCUCAGGGAUCGUUCUAAUACUCACAGAAGAGCAUUUGAAAUGGCUCAG